CUUCCCCUACCUCUCCACUUCAGUGGCUGGGAGUCCACCACCAAUUGUAUGAAAGCAUUGGGGGGGGGGGCUUCAAAUUGUGCAGCACUGCUGGUCACAGCUGACCUCCAAUUAGAGUGCUCAAGGGCCACGGCUUCCCAGUUUUCGGUAUCUAUGCCACAGUUUUUAAGGUUGGCUUUAAGCCCAUCUUUAAAUCUCUUUUCCUGUCCACCAACAUUCCAUUUUCCGUUCUUGAGUUGGGAGUAGAGUAACUGCUUUGGGAUACGGUGAUCAGGCAUUUGGACAACGUGGCCAGUCCAGCGGAGUUGGUAGCGUGGGAGCAUCGCUUCAGUGCUGGUGGCCUUUGCUUCUUCCAGUACGCUGACAUUUGUCUGCCUGUCUUCCCAAGAAAUUUGCAGGAUAUUUAGGAGGCAAUGAAAAAUUAAUACAAUAUGAUAUAUUGUAACAACACAGGCUAAGAUUCCUUCUAUACUGCCAUAUAAUCCAGAUUAUCAAUGCAGAUAAUCCACAUAACCUGAUUUGAACUGGAUUAUUUGAGUCUACACUGCCAUAUAAUCCGGUUCAAAACAGAUAAUCUGAAUUUUAUUUGACAGUGUAGAAGGGGCCUAAGUGUCUCUUAUCUGGAAAUCCAAAAGACUCCAGGAACGGAAACUUUGUGCCACUGGUCCAAAACUCAAAGGUGCACAUUAUUCAGGAGGAAAUUAUUGCUGAACAAAGGGCUGCACAAUUCAGAGAUUUAGAUAAUUGCUGUAGAAAGUGAAAUGUCAGCAGUUGUUUCAAAACAAGUUUUCAGCCCAGUCCCCCUCAGCCAAGAAACAAAAGCACUUCCUCAUGUCCUUAUCUACAGAACUCUUUGCUCUCUAUAUAAGGGGCACAAAAACCUUCAUUCAGAAACAAAUCCAGUUCGGUUUCGCAAGACAAGAUGGCUACCUGGGCUGCCUUUCAUCUGGCUCUGACCUGCUUUGCUGUCACGUCUAUGGGGAGAGGAAGCUUUGGAGAAGAGACUGAAGCCAGCUGCUGUGCACAGUUGAAGGGCUUAUCUCAGUGUGGAACGGACAAGGUCUUUCUCCAAGGCCAGGCAGGUAUCCCAGGAAUUCCCGGCAUCCCAGGAACAAACGGAUUGCCCGGGAUGAAAGGAGACCCUGGCCUCCAAGGGCCCCCAGGUGAGAGAGGCUCUGCUGGAGCACUUGGGAAAGCUGGGUCCAAAGGAGAGAAAGGAGAUCAAGGAGAGGCAUGCAAUCUUGCUAGCUGUCAACACCAAGAGACAGGAGCCAAAGACUGCAAAGAGCUUCUGGAGCGUGGAGAGACACUGAGUGGUUGGUAUACAAUCUACCCUGCCACGGGGAAAGCAAUGAGCGUCUUCUGUGACAUGGAGACUGAUGGAGGAGGUUGGCUGGUUUUCCAGAGGCGACAGGAUGGAUCAGUAGAUUUCUAUCGUGACUGGCAGUCCUACAAAAAUGGGUUUGGAAACCAAGCAUCAGAAUUUUGGUUGGGCAAUGAUAAAAUCCAUCUUCUCACAAGUUCAGGAACACAGCAGCUGCGUAUUGAUGUGAAGGACAUGAAUGACACCAGAACUUAUGCAACGUACACUAGUUUCAAAAUCUCAAAUGAGGAAGAAAAUUACAUCCUUUCAGUGGGCUCUUAUACAGGUGGCGACAUGGGUGAUUCAUUUUCAGUACACGGUGGCUCUGCAUUCUCCACACGAGACAAGGACAAUGAUAGCCAUGAAACAGCAAGCUGUGCUGUGAUGUAUAAGGGAGGCUGGUGGUACACGGCUUGCCACUCAUCGAACCUGAAUGGCCUGUACCUCAGAGGGGAACACACCUCUUAUGCUGACGGCAUUGAGUGGGCCACUAAAAACGGAUACCACUAUUCUUUCAAAUACACAGACAUGAAAAUUCGACCUCAGUAAAUGAAAUCUGUUCAGACUGUUCUGUCAUUAAAUUUAAAAGCAAAUGAUUUUUUUAAAGUGUCACCUGAUAUAACAAAUGUUGAAUGCUAGGCAUUGAAAUACUAGGCGCAAGGGCUCUAACAUUCCCAUACAUUGUGCAUGUAGAUGAACCCUCUUGCACAUGGAAGCCCUAUAUGAGACAGAGGGGACACUCAUAGUCCCAAUAUACUUAUUGGAGAAAGGCAAUUUGAUGGUGAUUUUUGCCCAGUUGUACCUUGAGUUGGAUUUUCUUUUGUCUGGUUUGAGGCACAGCCUUCUAUAAUGUCAUGAAUGGUGGCUUCUAAUGAAUGAAAGACUCUCAUUUGUUUGAGACACACACAAACACGCAUACCAAUACUGUAAUGGCCUUGGACACAAAAUACUGGUGUAGCGGCUUUUUAAAAUAACAUAAUUACUAUUUUUAAAAAAUCACUCCUGAAACUAGUGCAAGAGAAGCAAGGCCAUGACUGUGUCAAAGCUUAGCUUAUGGAAACAUUUUUGAAAGCACAGAAAGAUUAAUUUGAAUUGGCCAUCUAGUUUGCAUGCAUGUGCAUUCGUACUUAAGGUUUUAAAAUGUUUUAAAAUGUUGAACUUUUUCCAAUUUGUCUUUCUAACUCCAUAAAUUGUUUAGCCUUUUAAAAUCAUUUUUAUUUAUUGAAACUGUUUGAAAUUUAUUUGACUGGUUUUAUUAUAUACUGUACCUCCUUGAGAUGCCUAGACACAGUACAAGAAAUAAACUAAUAAUAAAUAAAUGCUAUUUGAACUGA